UCUGUGUGAGGGGAGGGGCGUUUAUGGAGGGAGGGGGGAGGGUCCCUGCGUUCUUUUUGCAACCCUUUCGCUCUUUUCUCACGCUAGUGGGGAGACAGUCGCCCCAGGGCGGACCCGCACCACCUCCCCCCCUCCCACACACAGCCCAUGUCUGCAUCUCUGUUUGGUUUCCUUUCCAGAUUGGCACCAGGGAUCAUGGCACAAGUGGGGCACAGGGUGGAUUACCUGGCAGGAUUCUGCUGCCCGGUGGGGGGGCUGGCAGCUGGGAAGCCGAGGGUGCUGUGCCACGAGAACCAGAUCUACCUCUCCAAUGGCACGGAGUAUGUCUACAUCUAUGAUCAAGAAGGGCGGCUAAUGAAGCUAUGAUGAAAAAUCCACCUUACAAGCAUCCCAAUUGCUGUCUACAGGUUUCCUGAUCAAGUCUGGCAUGUGGAACUCCUGCCUGUCCACCAGCAGCUUUAUAUCCUGUGUGCCGGAGUGGGCAUUUACUGUGUGUCCUUGGACUACCAAAGCAGGUUAGUGAAGCAGACAGAUGGAGAGGAAAAUGACUGCUUCUCCACCGUCCUCCCCAUGGGGUCCAGUGCCUGCACUUUCCCCGAUGCCACGCUUUGCACCUUCACACUGCUCAACGAUGUCCUCGUCACCCUCUCCCAAGUACAAGGGAAGUGGUGCAUGAAUCUCCACAAGCUCCCAAGCCCUGAGGACCAGGAGAACUUGCCACGUCAACCAAUCAGCCAUGUGGACAUCACCACCUGCACAAGCAAUGAUGGGGACGUGUCCCUAGCUCACUUUCUUCCGGUGCUGUGUUGCGCAUCUUCUCCUGGCACCAGUGGCUCCAAAGAGGGCCUUCGCCACUCAGGGGGAUUCAUUCUGGAGGAGCCCCUCUUCAGCCUCCUCUUUGGCGUUGAUGCUGCCAUGCUGGAUUCACCCAUGAUCCUCUGUGGCUUCCCAGAUGGACAGUUGUGUUCUGUGCCUCUGAAGUCCCUGAGUUCUCCUGACAACCGCCACUGUGAAGAUUCACCCAUCAAGAUCCUUCAUCAUUUGGAAGAGCCAGUUGUCUUCAUUGGAGCCUUGAGGACAGAGCGAAAGUCCCCAGAUGCCGAAGAGCUGCCUGCCUUUGGGGAUUUAGGAUGUGACUGUGUAGUGGCUCUUGGACACUAUGGGAAAAUGGUGGCCAUCAAGGCAGCACAGGGGAAAGAAGUCAAGGUCCCAGAGCUCCGAGAAUAUUACCUGCAGGGGCCUGUCCUGUGUGCAGCAUGCAGCGGAGGAAGCCGCAUGUAUUACAGCACUCACUCUGACAUUUAUGCUGUUGACUUGGACAAUAACAUCCCAGAUACUGAGAAGUUGGAGGACGCCCCUGGGACCCUUCCAUCUGCACUGUCUCCUGCCAGCUUGAGUAUCUGCAGCGUGGUGGCCCUUUCCUUAUCAUCUCGAGAGUCAGAAGGUGAGUCUGAGCUUCUGGCUUUGUCUGCUAAGGGCCGACUGAUGACCUGUGGCUUGUGCAGCCCAGACGAUAUGCAGCCUGUCAACAUGAAUCCUGAUAAAGCUGGACGGAGGAUCAAAGAGCUGCUCUCUGGGAUAGGCCACGUCUCUGAAAGAGUGUCAUCACUGAAAAAGGUUGUGGAUCAGAAGAACCGAGCUUUGACAACCCUGAAUCAGGUGAUGAAUGUGAGUGCAGCUCUGCUGUCCAGCCAGAAUGGUCAAAAGCCAAUCACUUGCACUAUUACAGCCAACUGGAACCGCCUGCUGGUUCAGGAUACGUUGACAGUCUCCUGCAUAUUAGAGAACUCAAGCGAGUGCAGCCUGGAGCGAGGCUGGACCCUCUGCAUUCAGCUCUUCACCAGCUCCUGCGACUGUGAGGAAGGCUCCUCAGAUUCUGCCACCACUUAUACCUUCCCUAUAGAUCAACUCCUUCCUGGGAACAAUACAGAGGUGACUCUGCCCUUAGGCCCUGCUGAAGGCUCCAAGCUGGAACUGCCUUUCACCGUCUCUUGUUCUCUCUAUUAUGGCCUGCGGGAGAUCCUGGGCACUGUCUCAGAGUCUACCGAGCUGCUUGAUGACCUGUUUUCUGAUGAUUCUCCAGGCCUUUCCCCAGACCGAGAAGGUGUCUGCCUGCCUUUGAGGGAGGUAACUAUUGACAUCCUGCAUUGCCUUCGCUUUGAUGGUGGCAGCAGAGGAUCUGAAGCUACCCCACCUGCAGCUGCCAUCUCCCUCCCUGCAGAUCCACUUGAUACUUUCCUGAAACUGUCCCGGGUGCAGUCUGACCUCGAGAGCAUGGAAGGCAGUGAAGAGCUUGUUCCAAGUUCUCUGGGAGAAGAUUACUUGGCUCCAUCAGUGGCUUCUAUCAAGGUGUCCUCUGAGUUGCUGAGAACUGCCCUGAAAGACACUUGCAAAGGACCAUUGCUGUGCUGUGCUACACUGCGCUGGUUGCUAGAAGAGAAUGCUGAGGCGGCUGUGCUCCGGAGCGAGGAUGCGGCAGCAGUGCAGGGGCGGGCCCCCGAUGGAGGAGAGGUGCAGCUGAACAUCCGAGAGGUGACUGUAAGUGACCUGAGCCCAGCAGGUCCCAUCCAGGCUGUGGAGAUCAUAAUCCAGAGCUCGCUGCUAGCAAACAUGUGCCAGUUGCACCAUGCUGUGGUCAGGCGUAUUCAGGCUCUGGUUUUGGAGCAGGCGGCUCAGGACUCCUCUUCUCCAGAUGUUCGUAUGCAGUACCUCCACCAGAUCCAAGCCAACCAUGAGACACUGUUGAAGGAGGCGCAGUCUCUCCGUGACCGUCUGUGCUUGGGGACUGAUUCGGAUGCAGCGGUGGAAAAGCUCCUGCAUGUUUACCAGCAGCUGCGCAACCCCAGCCUGGUCAUCCUGUGAAUGCUGAGCUGUGAUUACGCAUUUCGGCACACCUUCAACGGCUCCACGAUCCUCUCUGCCUAGUGCCGUUGGGAUGACGGAGGCAGAUAGCUGUACACCUUGGGAAUUGACUUAGAGACUGGAGGGGUGGGCUUCCCUCUGGCUGAGCCCUGCGUCUGAUUGGUUGUUCUGCUUGCUGCUGGAGAUCAAAGUCUCAGGGGCUUAGCCCAUUUAAUUUAUUCUCCCCCCCCCCCCCCCAACCCGCAUUUAAUGUGAUUGUUUCUUUUUCCCAGGGCUUUGAAUUCCUGCCCAUCUCUGGCAGAUCUGAUGGGUGCCCCUUGGCAGUCUCGCACACAGGCAGGGCGUCUAAGCCAGGCUGCCUGUGUGUCGUGUGUGUGUUUGUGUAUGUGCAUAUAUGCAGAUGGCCAACGAGGUGCUGUAGUGGGUGUGGGUGGCGUGUUGUGGACCACACGUGAUGUUGCUAGUUCAGCUGCUUUCGCUUUCCGUGGUGGUUGCUUUGCUGUGGCAGGCAGAAGUUUGGUGAGGUGCUGUCUGUUUGUGGGGAGAGACGGGGAGAAGUUUUGCUGGUGAAUACUCCGCCCCCAAAAAAACCCCACACAAAAACAACAAAAAAGGGCUAUGCCUUUAGCUGUGUCAUACUUUUGGGGAACACUGUGGAAAAAAAAAUACAGGAUGUCACAUGCGUGAGUAAAUCCAGGAUGAAAGCUUUUAAUAUAUGGUGCCCCUUCUUUUUCUAAUGGGGUGUUUUGCUCCUUUUUCCAGUAUUUGUCCUUUCUAUAAACAACUUGCUUGUCUUAUUUCCACGGCGAAGACUCUUCCAGGGUUCUUUGUGUUUUGGUAUUGCUUUUGCGGUGAGGAGGGUACGUGGGUGGGUGUUUUUUAAUCCUUCUCAAAAAGGCUAUGUGUCUAAUGAGCACUUGUAAAGCUGUCAUCUGCCAUGAUGAGCCUCCCUUUGCCCGUCAGCCUGAUUGCAUCUGCUCCUCCCUUCCAUCUGCUGGCAGGUACUGGGAAGCUGGGGGCCCAGCCCCAGCCCCCCUGCUGAGCUAAUGUGGUGUCUGCUUUAAAAGCUCCCCUCCUGAUGAAUAAUUGAAAAGCCAUUGGACGAGCUCACUAGCCGGCACUAAAGGCCACUAGGAAAUGCUCCAACACUCCGGGGUGAAAGACGCACAUGCAUUCCUGCAGCCCUGGAAUAAUUGAUGUCUUGUUUGCCCUCCGACCUGCUGUAGGAUCUUCACCUUGAGCCUCCGAGGCUCUUCCCAAGCAAAGGGGGCUUCUCCCUCCCUCCCGCUGGUCUCCGUUGAGCCACUCAGUCAGUCUGAAAAUCGGGAGCACGAGGUGGAAAGGGAAGCAGUCAUGAAAGUAAAGGAUUGUGACAGUUUCUCUUUUGCCCACCGUCGAGCUGCCUCUUGCCUCCAAUGCAGCAUCCCAUAAGUGAUGAAUGCCCCUCUGGCUGAGCUGGCUUGGGGGAUGCCCCUACGAUUAUUUGCAUCUCCAAAGCUCGAGCUUACAGUUUCCCUGUCUGCUGUCCCUUCCAGGGCUGAUGCUUUAAACAUUUCAGCAUCUGUAACUCCUAUCAGCCUCACCAUUCGUCACAUACGGGGAACUGGCCUACAACGGAGGUGUGGCCGAAGUAAGCCUUUAUGGCCUUACUGGUGCUCAUGAGCACCAAACCAGUGCAGAGAUGAUUCUGCCACUGGCAGUUCACUCUGUCCUUCCUGCUCCUAAUCAAUAUAAGUACAGGGAGGGGGAAGCUGUCCUUGGCGCAGGGCUGCUGGCAUUGCUCUCCUUUGCCUCUUAUGAGUUAAUGUCCCCAGUCCGUGCUCUGCAGGUAGAGUCAGCUGGUUAGGAGGUGAAGAUCUAAGCCCCACAUUUGGAGGGGAGGGGCAAGCGGGGAGCAAAGUGUGUGUGUGGGGGGGUGGCUGUGGUUUCCCUCCCGUACCCAUUUGGAAAGGUUACAGUUUAGGCAGCUGCCGGUACUUCUGUCGGUUGGGAUUUGCCACUCGAGCGGUUCCGCUUGCCUCCCGCCCCUCCUGCUCAGUGAGUCUUGAAUGGAGGAAUUGACAGAUCUGGGUCUUUGGGUCUUUUCAGCCACCCUGCAGGGCUAACCUAAUUGGAUUCCAGCCAACCGCCAGUCAGAGCACAGCGCAGGCAGGAGCUGAAGCCCUGCACGCUCGGUGAUUGGCAGCGGCUCCUCCAGGAGCGAGGACUGCUUUUGACUCCGCUUUGCUCAGAGAAGCAGCUUUUGGGCUGCUGGGGAGAGGAGCUCUUUCCUGAGCUGGAGAGGGAAGGCUUAAUGAAGCAGGCAACAGCAGAAAUAACCUCACCCCCUUGUUCCUGCCGGCUUGUUUGCCCAUGAGAGGUUGCUAACUCACACGGUCAGUUGCUGUGCAUUACUGAACUUGUGGUGAAAGCCUGGGACUGGAACCCAGAACAGGUGGCUCUUCACUCCCUGAGCUAGAAGUGGGACCUCUGGUGUCCCGGGUAAUGUACCAGAUCGUGUAACUUCUCCCUAAACUGCCAGAGCCCAACUGAUCCCUCGUUACCGAAUAUUUCAAGAUAGCAUAAUAAGGGUGAAAACCCAGUCAAGCCAAAGGCAGAAUGUUGUCCUUCCUGGUUUUUCUCACUGGGAAGCGUGCCCUGACAGGGUGAUCAGAAGAUGAUGAUGCAAGUGAAGCACUGGCCUAUCAGAGGGAAUCCGUGGGGAUGGCUGCGUUGCCCAGCGGUUGUCAGCAGAGGUCAUCCUGCUACUGAGAUACUUCUUGCCAGCGUGCUCAGAACUGGUUCCCAGUAGCCUGCGAUGAGCUGCACGUUAUGUAAAGUGCUGUCAAGUCGUAGCUGACUUCAGGCAACCUCUCCCCUGUGGUUUUCAAGGGAUGAGCUACUACCUGCUCUGCCACUUUGUAUUUGGUGCAAGGUAAAGUCUGUGGAACCUCCAUCCAAGAGAAAGUUGGAACUCCUUCAGCCUUUCUCUACUAGUCCCCUCUUAUCCUGCCCCACAUGCUGCACCAGUUUCUAAAUGGUGCUUCAACCCUUCUUCCUUCAAUGGCAGGCCCCUCCUCCCGUCCACCUCCUGUUGUCAGCAGGUUGUAACCUUUUAAACUGCAGAAGCCCAAUUGUGUCCCACCCCCUCAAUGUUGGAUCUGCUCGUCAAGCCUCCAUACAGGACCACAUGACUGUUUUUGAAAGUGUUGAACAUGGCAUGCAAAACUCUUUACUGACCACAGUUUACAUACACUUCUCCGUUUUCUCACCUCCUUCCAACUUUGUUGUGGUUUUAGUUCAAACAAGUUUUUCAUGGUUUUGUGGUGCUUCAAAAACUUGUCUGAACAGUGAUGCCAAUGGGACAGACAGAUGCACACGUGAUAAUGCAGUCAUGGUUCUGUUUCACACUAUUCUCAUAGUUCACAGGCCCUCUCCUUCAACCAUAGCCUCUGCAGACUUUCCGCCCAAUUGCGUGUUUGCUUGGAAGUUGGUUCCAGUAUGCAUAUUUACACUGCCACCUUUUUCUGUGUGUAAAAUUAGUUUCUGAAAAGCUAUGAUAAAGCAGGCAGUGCCAGCAAUAAAGUUCA